CGGAUCAUAGAAAAUCUCACAAACAACAAAAUUGCGCUGUGUAGGCAACUAAUUAAAUUGUCAGUUAGUUGUGUCAUAUCACUUGAUAUUUUGCACUUUUCUCGAUUGCACGUCUUCGAUAUGUAUUAGUUACCACUGUGUUUUUAAGUUUUGUUUAGUGAACAUGAUACGCAGACAUUUGAGAAAUUAAAGGAAACACCGGAAUAAAUAGGUGGAGUAACCUAACGAAACUAGGUGCUUUAACAAUUAAGAUACGACCAUGCUCUGGGGGCAUGUAGGCCUAAAAAAACGAGGAAAGGUGCUAAGUGGCUUUGAAAGAGGGUUCAUUAUUCGGACAGGGAUGGCUGGAGCUUAUGUCACAAAGACGGUUCAACUGGCUGGUGUUUCAGAAAGAAUGGUGACUAAAGUUACAUCUGCUUUUAGAUCUAUGGGACAGCCGUCUUUACAUGGUGGGACAUUGUGGUCGAAAGCGCACAUUCGGUGACCGUGACGCUCGGCCAUUACUGCGAUAUGUAAGGAAAAACAUAAGAGCGACUAUUUCCCGCGUGAGGGAGAAGGUCUAUGCAGGACGUGAUCGGACUGUCAGCAAAAAUAGUCCGCUAAGAACAACAGAGAGAGGGAUAUUAUGGUCGGUGGAAGGAGUGAUUGAAGUAAGAGAGGUGGAUCAACUGCAGGUCAGAGACAUGGAGAACGGAGAGAGAGAUGACACCACUUCAGGCAAUCCAGGACACAUGGAUUCUCUCCUGUGUGACACCCUACAUGGAUCGAUGCACGACAGAGACAACAGCCCCAUGAUGAGAGCAGUAUUCCGGAGCCCAGUGUGUAAGGUGUACAGGUUCCAGACAGAGUCGAGCCGCUGGAUGCUGGUGAGGGAACAGAUGAGCGACAGCCCUCUGACCUCCAGCCUGCCCAAGCAGCUUCUCUCCUGUUACAUUCAGGAGGACAGGAGGAGGAUCCAGGAGCUCCGUGACCUAGGUGACCUUUCACCCCACUGGGAGGUGCUAAGGAGUGAUGUCAUUGCUCACUAUAGUCACCUGAUCAGCACCUACAAGGAAACUCUCACGGAACUCAACAAAUUGACCGGGUCUUCUGCCUCCUUUAAAUCCAGCUGUAAUAAAACCGACCGACAUCUAGAGUUCAUACCUGUCAACCUCCACACACAGAGGAUGCAGGUAACCUGCCCUCGAACCACAGCUUGGUAUGAUGUGGUGACAGUGGGUGCCCCUUCUGAUCAUUACCAGGGGUUCAAACAUGGUGGCCUACAGAGACUACUCAACAAACCAGACUCUGAUAAGAAGAGCAGUCCCGUGUAUCGUUCCAUCUUCUAUUCUUCGGAUCAGAGCUCCAGAGCCAGGGAGAUCCUGAGCAGUGUUACCCAGCUUCAGCCUCUCAUAUCUGGGCUAGCUGAGGAGCUGCUGCAGGCUGCGCUGGAGGUCAGCCCCCAAAGAGUACAGGAGACACUAACCAAACUAGCACACCGGACAGAACAGAUGGUUCAUGCUUUGAAAGAUGAGUUGGUAAAGAGCGCCCUAUUAGCCCUCCACAAGGCAAGGCCUGCCUACCUCCUCAGCGAUGAACAUGCCCACGCCACCCACAGCAAUGGGCCGGGUCACCAGCCCCUGUCGACCAAUCAGGAUGGAUUAUAUUCGUCACUGCGCCGCCAGGACUCCCUACCUCAACACUCAACCUACAAUGAGGAUGAGUGGGACAGGGUCUGGGCUAAUGUUGCUAUGAGUCUGAACUGCAUCAUUGCCAUGGUGGACCGGCUGCAAAAGAAAGAGAACAGGAAACAAGAAUUGACCUCACAGACUCGGAAUGAUGUUCUAAUCACCCCCGCAGACCCCUCUCCGUGGCACGAGCACCUGCUCCCCCUGGUGAUCACGCUGAGGGAAUGUGUGUGCGAGGCUGUGGACCGGGCCCGCAGCGCCAUGACAUUCGUUCUCCUGCAGGGGGCAGCAACACAAGCUUCUCAGGGCCUGGCCGUGACGCACAGACGAGAUGCCGUCUUUAGCCAGGCGCUGUGCGCGGUGGUGUGUGGGUUUGCCCUGCGGAUCUACGCCGGCGUGGAGGAUAAACCCUUUCUCCUCCAACUGUGUGAGGUGGGGCUCGUCGCUCAGUUUGAAGGACUUCUCAGCACCUAUGGUGAUGAGAUUGGCAUGUUGGAGGAUAUGGAGGUGGGUGUGUCUGACCUGAAAAGAAUCUCCUUCAGAAUCACAGAAGCCAAAUCAGAGCAGCCAGCAGACCUGCUACCUACUGUCUCUGGACAACGGGGUGGUUUCUGUGUGGAGGUUCCAUUGCCAUCAGAAACAUACCUGUUGUUACCAGGGGAACUGAGAGAUGGGCGGGGAUUAAGAGUUCACCCUCUGCUGUUCAACAUUGGCAUCAACCAGCAACAAAGUCUAGCAGAGAGGUUUGGAGAUAGCUCUCUGCAGGAGCGGAUCAACCAGAGGAGCUGUGAGAUGUUGAAGUCCUACUACAGCACCCUGAGAGAGAAACUCCCCAACCUGACCCUGCCGUCAUCCCUGUCUCAGUCCACCGUGGAUGACCUGCUGACCUCUCUGGAUCAGUCUCUGGAGAUGAAGAAGAGGAAGAACGUUGAGGUCCUGUGGCUCGCAGCGUCCAUCUGUAGAAGGCUGAAUGGGAUCAGACUGACCAGCUGUAAGAGUGCUAAAGACAGAACGUCCAUGUCUGUGACUCUAGAACAGUGUACGUUGCUAAGAGAAGAACACACACUCAACGCUGAACUUUUCAAUAAAGCGCUGGACUGUAUGAGGAGGGAGGGUUGUAGGUUGGAGAAUGUUGAGAAGAACAUUGGGAGCAGGAAGUAUGCCUUCAACAGCAUCCAGCUGAAGACCUUCCCUAAACCAUAUCGCCCUCCAGAGGGCACCUACGGAAAAGUAGACACUUAAAGUAGACACGGCUAAAGUCUGCUUUCCUUGCACAGUUGAUUUACAGGGAUGAGAUGGACAUUUUAUGUCAUUCAGUUGACCACCAGAUAGAAGAACAGAUCAUAUUCAUUAGAACAGUACUUCAACACAGACAUGCUGCAAGUACAAACAUUUUCGAUUUGGGACAUUGCCUCUUGAAGGCAUUUUAGAGAGUCCUCUGAGUAAAUUUGGCGAGUGACCUUUCAUGUUCACUUGGACAACUGGAUCUUAACCUCAGAAUCAGGGAGGAAUUCAUGGAAGGUUUGACACAGAGUGAAUUUAUUUUAUGCUUUCAUGUUUAUGUUAAAUUACAAUAUUGUUUUAAUAGUGUUUCAAUAUUGUUUUAUUCUGUAAAUAUUUAUCAAUGUUUUACACACAAAAAAAUAUUUUAAGUAUUAUAAAAUUAGUUGCACAGUGUUCACUCGCAAUGACUCUUGCACAGUAUAUAGUUUUCCAAACCGAUAGAUUUUAUUUGGAACAAAACGCGACGUUGCUUGUUAGCGCAACUCAGUCAUGCUUAUCUGUGCCCUAACCCAUUUAUUUUCUUAUCGCCGUCAAAACAGAUGCCGUGAGAAGCCAAACAACCCAGACAUUUAUCUACUGUCGUGUCCACUACUGUUAUAAUAAAUUAGCAAUGCUAGCUUUUUCGGACAGUUUCAAGCUUCUUGUAGACAGCAGCCAGAGGCGUCACCAGACCCUGGCUGUUAUAGGUUCUUACUCCGACCAAGAGAUGGCGGUGGUAAGCCAAAACGUUUAUUAGCAGAGCACGUUAGUUGACAAGAGACAGUUAGUCAGAGCUCCCAGGGUGGAGGAUGUUCCGAUACUAAACCUUCAAUAGCAAGUCAGCGUGUCUAUAUUAUUAUUUUCCUGCCCUGUGAAACUACAUUGGCUUUCAAGGAUUCAGCUCCGGAUAUUUUUUUGGUUAGACUCAAGUGCUUUGCAGGCUGCUUUUAGCGCAGCUGGGAUGUUUUCAUUGAAACGUGCAGCGAGAACUGCAUACACUGAUACCACGGGUUGCCAAUAGAUUGCAUACAGGAUUAUCAACAGUUUAACCAACCAGUACAUUAAAUCAGUAACAAAUACAACAAAAUCUUAAUGUUAAAAACUGUGACAUUUCAACAAAGUAAUAUUAUUUACGAUAACAAAUUUUUUUUUAGAUAAUUCGCGUUGCCCAUGUUUAGGCUGCUCAGUGAGGAACUGUUACUAUUUUCUGAAAGACGGACACUGAAUAUGAAAGACAUUGCGCCAGAUAAUAAAGUGUCAGAUUGCCUAGUGUAUCCCUGAUCAAAAAAUAGUAACAUUUGAAUUACCUUUCAUAUCAGUUUAAGGAAUGGGCAGAAAUUACUUUUUGCAUCUCUGUUUAAUGUCACUAUGUACUGUAGGGUAGUGCUAUUCAAAUCCGGUCCUGGAAGGCCAAAACACUUCUGCGUUUUGGUUCUACCAAAACAGAUUCGGUUCGCCUACUGGCCCAACGCUUUGGGUCAUUACAAUCUAACCGCCCCUUGAAAGCUUGGAUAAUGUUUCACUGUGCUACAUUUGUCUUUUCUUUGGACGUUUAAACAUGUUUUGAAUCCGAACAUUUGAACUAGUUACUCCUCAGUAUGAAGAGAUAUGAAGCAUAGUUCAUUGUAGUACUGAAUAUACUGCAAUCAUGUUUUUUUAAAUUGUAACAUUAAGUGAGAACUUUUACUUUGACACAGUGAGUGGUUUUUUUUUUAACUAUCGUUACCCGGAAGUAUUUAUGUUGCUAACAAGACCAGAGGUUUUAGCAGAGGUUUUUAUAAUUUAUUAACCAUUUCUGACAGGACGCAAAUGUUUUAUUCCGUAUAUCAAAGACAUUUGUGCAGACAGUUUCUAUUAGGCUAAAACAAUUCAUGAAAUCUAAACAAAAAGGAUAGGUAUCUGCUUGAAUUUGCUCAAUAAAACUGUUUGACUAAA